CCAAUUGCCCAGUGCCUGCUUGAUAUCGUACAGUGAAACCCUGCGGCUCAAAAUUUGACUCGUAUUUUGGCACAUUGUCCGUAUUGAAGUUCAUUUCACGAUAAUGAAAUACUUACACCAUUACAUCAGUGUGCUUGUUACCCUUUUUGUGUGUUUCGAACAAAGUAUCGCACUUAAAUGUUACGAAUGUAACAGUGCAACAGAUAAAAGAUGUCUAGGUGACGAAAAUAACAAAUUAUCAGACGAUUUGAAAAUUACUUGCUUGGAUAAAUCGCCACAUGGAGAUCAUCCAUACGUUUUGUGCAGGAAGAUAAAGCAAGUAAUAGAUUUUGAAGUGAAUGGCUUGAAACCCGACAGUCGAAUCAUCAGGACAUGCGGAUGGGACACAUCUUCCUACCAAAACAGAUGCUACCACAGGUCAGGAUUUGGAGGUAGACAGGAGGUCUGCGCAUGCGAAGGUGACGGAUGUAAUGGUAGUUCGACGAUAUACUCUUCGGCAACUUUGUUGGGAUCACUCCUUAUCUUUCUUAGAAUAUACCUAUAAUCUGAUUGUUGAAGUUUACUGUUAAAGUUAAAGAAUGGACUAACACAGCCAUGUUUUUUACGUUCAAAUCAACCAAAUUUUUGAAUGACAUGUCGAUAAGGUUUUAUCUUGGAACUAUUAUUUUUAAUAGGGAUUCCAUUGUUAACAUACACUUUACGUUCGAUAUUUGAUGAGAAAUAAGUUUCGUUUCAGCGUUUUUCGAAUCUCAGUCACAAUCGACCAAAUCUGGUUCAUCAAAGAAGCGCUUGAAUAUAAGUAUUAGUGAUCUUUCAACACUGGAUGGUUGUGAUUGAGGCUAUUAAUUAAAAUCUAGAAUAAUAACACCUUCAUUUUAUUUCAGUAGAUUUCGAAAGAGAAUGAGAUCAUUUGAAAUGCUCGUAAUUUUCUGCUAAAUAUAAAAGUCACUCAGAUAGGAUUAGUAAGCUAGCAUAAUCAGAAUAGAAAAACUCUUCUUUCGGUUCCACCUUCAACCACUGAAAUGCAACAAAUUCCUAGGACAAAAUGAGUCUUCCCGAAAGUUUAAUAUAAUGUAGCUACCAUUUCCUGAAAACUGACAGAUUUUUCUAUAUGUUCAAAUUGCUCAAGAUUGAAAACAGAUGAUAUAGAAGGCUCAACUAGAUAAGCUUCACACUCGAGCAUUAUUUUAACGGCAAUAAUUUGAAUUGUUUAUAGAUGUUAUCGAUGGUUUAUUUCAAUUGAAUUCUAUGCAUUUACUGCCAUAGUUUCUAGGUAGAGCUUCCUGGAUGAGUUUGGAAUAAUAUCAUAAGGGUAGAACGAUCAGUUCUUAUAAGAUUUGAAAAUAUAUAAAAGUGUUUAGUUGA